UUGAGUGCCAGGUCUAACACCUUUCAAUGUUGCGCUUAGCUUUGUGUACCUGUGCAGUUGGCCUUGUCCUGCUAUUGUUCAACUUUUGGCUUUCGCAGUCGAUUCAGCGUACUUCGACGCAGAUAUCGUCCAAUGAGGAGAGACAUUUCAAUGACACGCUGGCUAAGCUACUAAUACCACGUUGGCCCGGCUCUCGUGGGCAUUCGUUGGUCUGCGACUUUCUCAUCGAAGAACUGCGUACGCUUGGCUUUGUGGCAACUCGUGAUGAGUUCUCGGACACAUUUCCAUUGACCAAUGUGGUGGGAGUUCUGAAUCCGAAUGCAAAACAGUUUCUGCUGCUCAGCUGUCAUUACGAUUCGAAGUAUUUGGAAACAACCCAUCGUUAUGUGGGCGCCACGAAUGGUGCUGUCUCCUGUGCCAUAUUGCUGAACAUGGCCAAGAAACUGAAUUCCCUUUUCCGCGACGAGUUUGGGCGCAAUCAUAUCGGCUUGCUGCUGGUGUUCUUUGACGCCCACGACUCUGUAAAUGGCAUUACCGAUAAUACCUAUCCACUGAUGGGAUCCAAAAGCUUUGUGAGGGCGGAAACUAUGCCAUUAAAUCGCAUCAGUUUGGUCAUCUCUUUCAAUUUGAUCGGCGCACCAGAUCAAAUCUAUAUGAGCAGAUAUGAACGUACAUAUUAUUUACACGAACGCCUGGUGGACAUUGAGGAGGACCUGCGGGCAUCGGCUCAACUUGAUCCGUGCCAUCAGCUGUUUUACAAGUUAAAGGAUCAUGACAGCGAUAUAGACGACGAUCACUAUUCGUUUCUAGCCAAGGGCUUGCCGGUGAUGCAUGUACUGCCCCACACUUAUCCAGAUGUGUGGCUCCAAGAAUCGGAUAAUCUACAGAAUUUGCAUUGGCCGACGGUGCGCAAUAUGAACACAAUUAUAACACGAUUUGUCUAUGAAUAUUUGAAUUAGCUGCAAGGAGAAGGAGCAGUUAGAUUUAGUUGAGUUCAAAUAAAGAAACAACAAAAUUA